CUUGUGAGCGUUUGGAAGCAGUCUGCAUUUCUACAUCCCCUUUGUCACACCCAAAAUCCGGGCGAUCCAUUAAAGCCAUCAUGGGCUUCGAGUACGAACAGGUAACCAACGCCCGCUCCGAUCCUGAGCUGGCAAGCCCCAAAGACGCAGGCGAUGAAGAAGACGAGGCUCUCCUACAACCCAACACAACCAACAACAACAACAACAACAACAACUCGUCUCUCAAAUACUACCCCUCCUACCUCCUCAACCACAUAAAAAACCUCCUGCUCUCAACCCCAAAAUCUCUCCUCCUCCGAAACACACUCAUCUUUUUCCUCGCCAUCUGGGGCCUCAUCAGCCUCUCACACACCCUCAUCCUCUCCAUCCUUCCCAUAAAUACGCACCCUCCCACCCCCAAGACCUGCCACUGCGGAAACUCCACCACCGAAGCCCUCACUCUAGGGUGCAAAUUCGACUCCCUAGCCGCAGCCUGGCUACCACCACACUGCCGCGACGACGAGCUCACCGCGGAGUUUGAGCGCGCUGGGCCAAAUCCCGACGGGAGCUGGACAUACUACGCAGACGAUUACCACACCGUGCCCAUGGCUAUUGAGGAGGUUGCAGCGCUGGCGGAUAAUCAGUCUGCCAGAGUGCAAAUGACGAGGGACUGGCAUGUCGUGCAUUGUUUGUUUUAUUGGAGGAAGAUGUUCCGCGUUAGGGACUUGGAAGGGGUGAUUGUGGAGCCUAGCUUUGAUCAUGAGGAGCAUAUUAAGCAUUGUAUUGGGGUGGUGCUGGAGGAUAGUUGGGGGACUGAGGCGAGGGUGGCGUUGGAUACGUAGGUUUUUAUGGGG